AUGAAAGAAGGUCGAGUGUAUCCAAUGAAAAGAAUAAAAAGUACGCGACAAGACGUCGAAGUAAAGAAAAAUGAUCCCACUGAACGGACAGUUUCCAUAAAGACUUCACUCGUUUCUCCAUGGGGUAUUCUGCACAAACAGAAUAACGCAAUAUCAAAAUGGAGACACUAUGUUUGUAGUAAACGGGACAGGAGACAUAACAGAAUAACAAGAAAACCGUCAGAUAAACGGGCAAUGGUUGGGCAACCAAUCGCUAUGUUGAACAGUGAUUUAGAGGACAUACAUCAUCUUGAAGAUAUUGAAAGUCAAAUCAAAAGUCAAUCACAGUUGGCCAGCGACAGGGCUUUACUUAUAUAUUUUGCAAAACUAGCUCGUGCAGAUCCAACAUUACCAACAACUGUUGUUGAUUUUGAUUUUGUCGACUCAUUGAUUGGAAAUGGAGCUGAUGUUAACAUAUGUGAUUAUUAUGGCCAGACAAUCCUUCAUGAAGCUAGUCGUGCAUGGCAUACUGAUGUUGCUUUAUUUCUUUUGGAAAAUGGUGUUAAUAUAAAUAAAACUGAUAAAUAUGGACGUACUGCCUUACAUGUUGCAGCUGCUGUCGAUUAUCCAGAAAUGAUUGAAUUCUUGUAUGAACAUGGUGCUGACCUUGACGCUUGCACAUUUGAGGAAAACCAGACACCAAUACAUUAUGCAGCUAAAAAUGAUGCUGCUGCAGCAUUGAAGAUAUUGAUUAAUAUUGGUGCAGAUGUGAAUUGCAGGGACUAUAAACAAAGAACACCAUUAUACGUUGCCGCAGAGUUAGAUCGUUCUGCAACUGCCAAAUUGCUUGUUUCUCUUGAAGUAUCUGCUGGUGUUCUUGACGAACAUGGUGUAAGUGCUCUGUCAUUAAUGGUUUCAAAAAUGCCACCUGUUGCAAAAAGUGCACUGGAUCAAUUUCAUAGCAUGGAUCGAGCAAACCGUAAGCAGUAUUACUAUCUGAAUCACUUAGAGCCUAAGGAGAAUGAGCAUAUUUUGGCAAGAACUCCUUUGGAGGAAGCAGUUCAUUACAAGCAAAUGGACUUAGUCAUGCAUCCUGUCUUUAAAAGGCUCAUCCAGGUGAAAUGGGAGUAUUUUGCCAUGAGAGGAUCCAUUUUUCAAGUUUUUGUACAAUUGCUGUUUUGUAUGCUAUGGACGACUUUAGGUGUUUCUUUACCACGGACUUCAUUACCAUCGUGGAGUUAUUACAAUCCACCAAGCUCUUAUUGGUGGAGAAUUGUCCUGGAAUCAUUUGCUGUUACAACUACAGCACUGUUCAUUUGGCAAGAGAUUGAUGAGGUGAGACAAUCAAAGAUGCAACAUGAUAGAUGGAAAAAAUGGCGAAUUGGUCAACUGAGGCGAGACCUCAAAUAUUGUCAUCCUCGCUGGCCUGAAGAAUCCAAAUACAUUUACAUGGAAAUUUCGAACAUUUCCUCUCAAGGAAUAUCCUAUUUUCAUAGUUACUGGAAUUUUGUUGAUUGGGUGACCUAUUUUGGGAUCCUUGCUGUUAUACUAACACGAAUUCUGUCUCUAGCGUUCAAUGAUAACACAUUUCAUCAACUCCAUCCCAGAGUGAUGUCAAUAUCUUUAAUCUUCAUUUGGUUAAGAUUGAUGAAAGUUUUCAGACCGUUUGAAGCUUUGGGUCCUUUUAUUGUUAUGAUUGGCCAUAUCAUAAAAAAUACCUUGACAUUUGGUUUUCUUUUUAUAUUGUUUUACAUCCCUUUUGUGUGCGCGUUUUGGAUAAAUUUUGGUGGAGACGAAAAUGCCAAAAAAAUGAAGGAUGCAGGUGAAAAAUCCGAAGGAUGGCGAACAUUUAACAACUUGAUGUACUCUGUUUGGGAGAUCACCGUUGUUGGGAAUUAUCCCUGGGAAUCCUUACUUGUCAUUGAUCGUACAAUGGCUCAGAUCUUGUGUGGUGUCUAUUUAGCCGUGUCAGCGGUCAUUUGUCUCAAUCUCUUCAUUGCCCUUAUGUCCGAUACAUUUCAACGCGUCUACGAUAAUGCAAAUGCUAACGCUGUCAUGCAAAAAGCAAGUACAAUUUUGUCUCUUGAAGCUGCAAUGAGUCGUAGUAAAAAAGACGCUUUCCUUUAUUAUGUUCAUUCAAAAUGUGCCCCUGAGGAAAUGUAUUAUGACGAUGAUUCAAAUGAACCUGACUCUGGAGAAUUGGAGAAACUCACAAAUCAAAUACAUGAUAAACUUCUUGAAGUUGAAGAAAUGCUAAAAACUCCUGGUGAAGAAACAAAGCAAGAAUCAUUACACAACAAUUUGUCCGUUCCUAGUUCACAAAAAGAAAUACGUGAUGUGAUUGAGCGUCAAAAUCGUGAAAUACUUGUCAUGAAAAAAGAUUUAAGUGACAUUAAACGCUUGCUAACUCAAGCCUUAGUUGUAAAACAAGGAUCGAUCUCUUCCGUUAACACAACAUCGCCGCCUGUAGUAAAGAAAAGACGUAAGCAACGCACAAAGACAGUAAAGAAACCUUUGCGGGAUAUCAUCCCUCAAAAUGACGACGAAGACCGAAGUGCAUCGUUAUCUCAAUUGAACACGAAACAUGACGAAACUUUUUCUUUUCCUACCACAGAUAUUCGGCGACAAAUACUGCCUUUCAAAGAUGUUGCGCUAGUUGUUCCCCAGCAGGAUCUGGGAACGAAUAACUCUGCGUGUUAAGCUCAAAUAUUUAACUCACACAGUACUCACUGUUAGUCCGUGAGACUGUUUUAUAUUUUAUGAAAUGUCUACGAUUCUUGCAUAGAGAUGAUUUCAGUCUGCUUUCCAUGCAAGUGGAAAUUAAAUGUUUCAAGACCUUA